CCUCCUCCUCCUCCAGUGAGCCCCAGGAUCAGAAAUUUCCUCUGCGCUGCCUCCAGCAGAACAAGCAUCAUCCUCUGAGCUGGAUGCAGAUGCCGACCAUCCCGUCCAUCCCGUCCGCGUGAGACAUCCACCUGGACGUAAAGCGACCCCAGAGGUGGCCGAGGUGGAGUCUUUCAGUGGGAUGCAGCUUUGUGAUGGGAGGAUUCACCGGGCACGAUGGGCAACAAGCAGACGACCUUCACCGAGGAGCAGCUCGAGGCAUAUCAGGACUGCACCUACUUCACCCGGAAGGAGAUCCUGAGGCUGCACGGACGAUAUCGUGAGCUGGCUCCACAUUUGGUGCCACUGGACUACACCAACAACCCCGACAUCAGAGUUCCUCUGCCACUCAUCGUCACCAUGCCUGAGCUGAAGGAGAACCCGUUCAAAGACAGAAUCGUGGAGACAUUCUCUGAGGAUGGACAGGGGAACAUGAGCUUCAACGACUUUGUCGACAUGUUUUCUGCUCUCCGUGAGACCUCACCAAGAGAGCUUAAGACGAUCUAUGCCUUCAAAAUCUACGACUAUAACAGGGACAACUUUAUCUGUAAGGAGGACCUGAGGAAGACCCUAAACAAGCUGACCAAAGGGGAGCUGACUCCAGAGGAGUUAACUCUGGUGUGCGAUAAAGCCAUCGAGGAGGCCGACCUGGACGCAGACAACAAGCUGUCCUUCGCUGACUUUGAGAACAUGAUUUCCAAAGCUCCUGAUUUUUUGAGUAACUUCCACAUACGAAUAUGAGACGCCUCCAACAGAGAACCUGUAGAGGACAGAUGUCUCACCCGGACCUGUUCCGGUCUCCACUGAGAGUCUGUGGAACCAGCCUCUGAUCAGGAAGCGUGAUGGUUCUGGAUCUUCUGGAUCACUUUGUAUUGAUGUUGUUUCUGCACCCAGCUGCAGAGCUCUGGACUGGACUCCUGUGUUCAGUAGAGACCCAGCAGGAGCCCAGUGCUGCAUGACUGUGUCUUCAGGGCUUCGCAGUCUGUUGGUGCCGCAGAUGGGACUCUGGUCUAAAAGCACACGUUUAAAGGGCAAACAGUGAGCAGCUAUGCAAUCAUUCUUCCUGACGUGCAUGUUGUAAAUAGCUUCCACAGAUGCUGAGUUUGUACAUGUGUUUUAGUGAAGCGUUCUGGUGCACACUGACAAUCACUGUAAACUGUAGCUCAGUUAAUGGAAGGGCUCUCUGUCAGUCUGGCUUUCACUCACUUUCUCCUGCCCACAGGUAACCUGAUCAAACACCUUCCACUGGUUCAACUCUGAGUUUUCUGACUAGAGGCAAAUAAAAGGUUUGCUUUGUUC